AUGGCUGAAUCACAGCCGAGUACCUCAAGAAAGCCAGAAAAUGGAGUAACACAAACGAUAGUAAUAGACAAAGUUGAAGAGGCAAAUGGUGAACAGAGCCCUCCUGUGCUCCAUCUACGCUUGCAACCUCCCAAGAAUGAGAGCAAAGUGAAGUGGUCUACAGACACAGUUGAUAACGAGUGCAUGGGGAAAAAGAAAUCUAAAUGUUGCUGCAUUUAUCGAAAGCCAAAAGUAUUUGGAGAAGCGGACACUUCAUCCUCUUCCGACAGUGAUGAUAGUUGUACAGAGCAUUGUCGAGGGCACAAAAAGAAGUGUUACCGACACAAGCCUCUAAGCGACCACCAAGACAAAGAUCACAACGAUCAAGAACACCACAACUGUGAUGGGCAGUGUGAUAUAGAGAAGGGUUAA